GGAAAUUGAGAAGGUCAGAGGAGAUUUGAUUUAUACCUGACGAUAAAUAAAUGGAACAAAGUGUAUAGGAUAAAAUAAAAAUAUAAAUACCUCAUCACGGAGAACGUCGAGGCUGGAUUGGUGAUCCUGGAGGCUGGUUUUCCUCUUGAUGGCCUGUUCCCGAACUGUCUGGAGCUGAAGGGUAAGCUGUUCCUCGAUCUUAGACGACUGCGGCAUAGGGAAUAGUUAAUGAGUAAACUGUCCAAAAAGAUUUUCUUGUAACUAAACGGAACUACAGCUAUAAACUAAAGUUGGACCUAUUUGAGAGGUUAGGUCCGAUAUUGGCUAUAAUUAAUCGAUCCAUUUAGAUAUUAUGAAUCGAUUUCGUCAAAACUCGUAUAGAAUGUUGCAAAAUUUGGACAUCAGUUGACAAAAGUAUUACUGCUAUAAAUGAGAAAGUAAUGUUUAAUAUUAAGAAAUUUGAUAAUUGUAUCUUAAAAAAGAAAGGGAAGCGAAUAGAAGCUAUAUAUUUUGUUAAUUAUUCAUAAUUUAAAAUUUUUGAUCUACUCGAUACCGGUUUCUCGUAACCAAUUUGAUAUAACGAAACAUCAUAACGUGAUAAGUGAUAACUUAUAAAUAAUAACUUGGAAGAAUUCCCGUAUUGAUGAAUUCUAGGAUUAAAUAAGCUUGUGUAAGUAAUAUUCAUAACAGCAGGCUGACUCAGGCGGACAGAACGAAGCGAUGAGAACCAACAUGGAGGGCGACGUGUGGACAUUGAUGCCAGCAGGAUUGAGAUUGGAUGGUGGCAGCGCAAAACAGAAUGGACUCGCAAUUGCUGCAGUUUCAAUAAUUGUCCGGUUGCCAUUGGAUACUCACCUCUUUUAUCUGCGCCGUGAGUCGCUGGUUUUGCUCCGUCAGCUCCAGGAUGAGGGCGUUCUUUUCCUUCUCGGCCUGCCUCAUGGUGGCCUCUCUGUCGCCCAGCCUCCGCUGCAGUUCCCGGAUGUCCGCCUGCAGCUCGACCAGCCGGGUCUCCCACUCGGCUUGGGUGGUAGCGAGCUUCCGUCGCAAAAGGUGUCUGUCUUGCUCGAUCACCUGAAAACGAUUGAUGGGAUCAGAUUUUCGGAAAUGGAUUCGCGACCUCCGUGCAGCUUCAUAGCUCGCUUACGGCCUCGUUCCUCUUUGCAGGCCAGUGCUCGUCGCCCUAUUGUCCCGCAAGAUGGCUGUUGCCAAACAGGCGAUUGUCGGUGGCUAGUGAGCCUUACCGGCCGAAGAGCAGAUUCAUAUCUAACGAUGAUGGCCUAUGCAGAUGCCUCUAAUUGUUUUCCAUACAUGAGGUCGAAAGUAGGAAGCCCCGAGGUGUUCACAUUCCAAGCCGACGUGCAGGAAGCGAGGAACAACAACAAGUUUCUUGAUCACGAUGAGCCGGCGCCAUUUCUAGAUGCGGUUCCAUUUAAGAGGGACAAAGAAAUACGAAAGGAGGACAGAGAAGAGGAAGAAGCGCAGAAAGUUGAGCAAACCGAAUGA